AUGCGCAGCGGGCCUUCGGGCAACAGCCCCGAUACGCACAGUAUUUGGGAACUGCAGUUUUCAAUACAGACAUGGUCCAAGAACCACACCACUCACAACCAGUCCCAAAAAUGGCACAGAAACACCAUCAAGAAACCCCAAUCACAAAAAUAUGAAUCUCUUAAGGGAGUGGAUACCAAGUUCCUGAGGAAUAUGCGCUUUGCCAAGAAGCACAACAAGAAGGGCCUGAAGAAGAUGCAAGCCAACAAUGCUAAGGCCAUGAGUUCAUGGGCUGAGUCUAUCAAAGCCCUUGUAAAGCCCAAGGAGGUCAAGCCCAAGAUCCCAAAGGGUGGCAGCUACAAAUUCAGUCGACUUGCCUACAUCACCUACACCAAGCUUGGAAAAUGUGCUCAUGCCUGCAUCACCAAGGAUCUCAGGCUCUGCUAG